AAGGUGUCAUUGUAGCAACUAAACGCCAGUAACUGUGAAUAUCCCUCAGUGAGAUGGGCCAACAUAGUGUGGUACAGGUGCUUGUAAUAAUGUAAUUGAAUUGCAGUCACAGUUCGGUCUAUGCAUUCUACUCUAAAACUCUAUUGCACUAAGUAAAAGGUUCCUUAGGAGUGGUGCUUGGGGCAGGGUAUGACUGGAGGUGCUGUGGGCCCCACACCUGAAUUUUGCUGGGGCAACCAAAAUACAAACACCGGUCCCCGGCCUACCCGCCAAAAGAAAAAUUAAAAGACGGUGGACAGUGGAACAUAACAAGCAAUACACAUAUCACGUGGUCUAACCAGACGAAAGUCUAAGCAGCAAAAAUUUCCACGUGUUUAAUUACGACGGUGCAAGAAGGUGCUUCAACUCGAGUUCUAAGCGUACAAGUAGCAACACGAGUUGGAGAUUUUUUUGUGUGUUGAACGUCAAAGGUUGGAAAAGCUAGCCUCUCAGUACUAUUUAGUCUUGAAAAUAAAUAUAAUGCCUAAUAAAAAGGCUGUUCGGAACGCCUAUUAUUUUUUCGUGUUGGAAAAGGUACCCGAGUUACAGGCCAAAGGUUUCAAUGUGAAGAACAUUAAAGACGCGAUACCUUUAUGUUCCGGUGAUUGGGCGUUGCUGACCAUUGAAGAGAAAAUGAAAUAUGGAGAAAUGGCGCAGAAGUGGAAGGAAGAUCAUUCAUCUGCCUGUGAGAGUGAACCUAAACAGACAUUGAAAUCUACCAUGCCUGUCGUGAAGAAUGUGCCAGAUGCUGUUGAGCCACAGGUCACUGCAAUGCCAUGGCCAAAUAAUCAGGCUGUACUUGGCAACAUCGUCUACAUCAUUGAAGUUUUCAGUCUUGGUGAAAUGCCUCCUGCAUGUGGUCAGCGGUUCUUACCUUGUGAAAUUGCGUGUGUGAAGUAUUGUUUACAGGAUGGCAUUCUUGGAGAGUUUCAUUGUUUUCCUGACCCAGGAGAAAUACCAUGUGGUUUUCGAUAUCACUGUCAGGCUGGAAGUGAAGCAAGCCACAAAAUUCCAGUUUCUGGUUUUGAACUUGCAGAUGACAACUAUCAUAAAAUCUUCAAAAACCUUUGUGAAUUUGUUGGCAUAUCCUCAGGCAGCUUUGUGCCAGUCUACUGCAAGAAAGAAGAUUGGUACAGAGUGAACUGGUGUUUGAACUGGUUAGCCAGGAAAGCAGGAAGGAUAUGCAGACUACUGGUGUGUGAGCUGGAGGAUUUAGUAGUGAAGGUGUACAAGUAUAGACUUAAAGAAGAGCCAUCUGUAACCCUUGUUCGAAGUAUGUUGGAGGUCUUCCAGUGGGACUACACCAGAAAUACAAGGUGUAAGUGGCAUGAAGAAAAUGAUAUUGUGGACUGUGCAUUAGCUGUUUGCAAAAAGUACACGUAUUGUGUUAGUGAAGCACUCGCACCAAUUUACGGUUUUCCACUCACUCCAGCACAUAUUCCCGAAUGGGGUGAGAAGUGUGGAACCAUUAUAAACCCAAAAGUUGUGGUUAUGGAUGCUGGACGUUUCAUGAAGUCCAAGAGCUUAAAUACAGUAGAGGACAAGGGCUCAGCCGGUUUGAAUGCAGAAGCCAGUGCUGCUGGAGGUGAACAGUCUUUAUUUCCUAGUGGUGUAAUACCAGGUGUUUUAUCUGCUGUUCGUGGACGAGGUAUUACCCGUAGAAUUCCUUUCUGAAAACUAGCAUUUCCUGCUUAAUCUUCCCAACCUGCCUUAGUUGCAAGCAGCACUUUGUGUACAAAUUCCAGUGGACAAAGAAAAAACACCUGUAAGAGUUGAUAGGGAAGAUAGUAUGUAGAGUUUUGUUUUUAGGGGUCUAAUCAGUUUAGUCAUUGGAUUUGCCAUGUUAUACUGUUUUGUUCUGGUUCCUACAAUUUAAUAUGCAAAUUUUAAACGGUACUUCAAUGUGUGUGACAUUUAAUUUAGAAAAUACUAUACCGUUAAUUUGUAAGAAAAACUGCAGCUUACAAGUUAAUCCUGAACACCCUAGUUUUUUUUUUCAAAUGGUAAAACAAGUGUUAAAAGGUCCAUUGCAUUUUCUUUUGUGAUUAAUACAUCAUUUACAUUGCACUACAUUAAACAAUUCUUGUCCAAGAAAAAGUUAUAAAAUAGUUUAAAUUUUGAUUUGCAUUUUAGCUUGUACUUGUUUUACUAAUGCAUUAAUUACAUUGAUUCCUUACCAGAAAUAAUUGGAGAAAUGAAUGUUUUAAUAUCUUAUUUUCUGAAGAGGGAGCAUGUUUUUUGUGCAUGUAUGCAUCUCUUGCUCGAACAUAUUGCUUGUAUUAAUUGACAUGAUUAUGCAAAUACUGCCAUCCUCAAGAAGCUACUUUUCUUUUGUCAUUCAAAUCACGAUCCUGGAUUUUAUAGCAUCAACGUUUUACUAUAUGUGAUGCUCUGAAGUAACUGUUUCCAUCAGUACAUAGAAGCAGAUGUGUUUAAGGGACUAAUAAAUGUAAGCUGAAGUACA